CAAAGCAUAUUGUAAUUGUAAAUCAUUGAGUGCAGCAUAUUCGAAUAGUAAUGGCAUCAAUUUUUGUCAAUGAUGUUAAACUAUACAACACCCUUAGGACCAUCUUCUCAUGUCUCAAUUUUGUGUCUAUAUCACAUCUCCUCAUAUCACAUGAACACAAUAAAAAUUGCAAUUUAAGUGUCAUACUCACCAAAAUUAAAAUUACUAGUUAUCUUUUCACUUAUAGGAGGUGUGAGAGAGGGACAUAAAAGAGACUUUCAAACACAAAGAUUUCAAUCUUAUUUACUUCCAAUCAAAGUAACCCUUAGUUAGUUAUCUACAUUUAGCUAGGAUUUAAGAAAAGGUGUGCGACUGCAAUCUAGAAUGCAACAUCAAGGUUUUGACGUUUUCACGAUUGUAAUUGAGUCUGCAUCAACUACAUUUACUUCGAAUCAUAACAAUAUCAAGAACUGUGAUGCAACUGAAACCACAAUUUAUAAAUCUUGUUUGUAAGUACUUUAGCCGAUUGCAAAAUCUAACCUUUUCAUAAACUAGUUAACUCUAGAUUCAAGUUUCUCAAUAAGUCAAAAAGUUGAUGUUUGAUAUCUCUCUUUCUCCUCUCUCAACCAUGUCUUGUAAAAUACUUGUCAAUCUAAUUGUUAUCAUGAUCCUCCUAUACCCUCUUCCUUGUCUAACAAAACCAAAUCACCAAUGUCCUCCUUCAUCUUGUGGCAACAUACAAAACAUCAGCUACCCUUUUCGACUAAAAGGCGAUCGCGAAAAUUGUGGAGAUCCUAAUUAUGAACUAUCAUGUGUCAACAAUCAAACACUACUAAAUCUACACAAUGGAAAAUACAUUGUAAACUCCAUCAACUUCAAUAAUUCAACAAUAAGGAUCACAGAUUUUGGUCUCAACCAAAAAAAUUGCUCUUCCAUUCCUCUCUACACUUUAACAAAUAAUAACUUCACCAAUGGAAAACCUUAUAGAUUUUUAUUAAGUGACAAUAAUAACUUAGAAACCAUAGCAUUUAUGACAUGUGAAGCCUCAAUUAUUUCACCUAUUUACAUGGACACUUCAGCUUGUAUUAAACAUUUCAACUCUUCCAAUUCUUCUUUCUUUGGUAUAUACACUUAUGCUGUACUUGGUGACUUGAUGAUUUCUGAAUUGGAAGAUUCAUGCAGCAUACUUGUAAUGGUUAUGACUUCAAAUUUGAGCAAAUUUGACAGCAAACUUUCAUAUGUGAAUAUCCAUCAACAACUUGUUUAUGGAUUGGAGCUUUCUUGGAGUGAGAUAUUAUGCAAAGAGUGUAAAGGCAGGGGAUAUUGUAAAUUGAAUAACAAAAAUGAAGUCAUUGGUUGUUCAAGUGGUAGACCUUGUAGUCAUGACUAUAUACCAUCUUUUAAAUGUGCUUUAAAAGAGGCAAUUGAUGCAGUCAAAGAUGUGGCUAAAGGUUCUCACAGAUUAGUCGCUAUCAUUGGAGUAAUUCUUGUUAUAAGAAUUAUAGGUGGGUUACUAUUUGUCCCAAUGUAUAUGAUAUAUAAAUGGAGAAGGAGACAUUUAUCUGCAUAUGAUUCAGUUGAAGAGUUUCUGAAAACUCACAACAAUCUUAUGCCAAUAAGAUACUCUUACUCGGACAUAAAAAAGAUCACAAAAGGAUUCAAGGAUAAACUUGGUGAAGGUGGCUAUGGUUCUGUAUACAAAGGACAACUUCGAAAUGGUCACCUAGUAGCAAUCAAGAUGCUAGGUGGAAAGUCUAGAGCUAAUGGACAAGAAUUUAUCAACGAAGUUGCUACUAUUGGAACAAUCCACCAUGUCAAUGUUGUUCAUCUUAUUGGCUUUUGUGUUGAGAAAUCAAAAAGAGCACUUGUCUAUGAAUUCAUGCCUAAUGGUUCACUUGACAAACACAUUUUCUCAAGAGAAAAAAUGGUACCUUUGAGUUGUGAAAAAAUGUUUGAUAUAGCUCUUGGUGUAGCACAUGGUAUUGAAUAUCUACAUAGAGGGUGUGACAUGAGGAUUUUGCAUUUUGACAUAAAGCCACAUAAUAUUCUUCUUGAUGUGAAUUUCACUCCGAAGGUUUCAGAUUUUGGACUAGCAAAGUUAUAUCCGAUUGACAAUAGCAUUGUGUCGCUCACGGCGGCAAGAGGAACUAUGGGAUACAUGGCCCCGGAGUUGUUUUAUAAAAACAUUGGAGGAGUAUCGUACAAAGCAGAUGUUUAUAGUUUUGGUAUGUUGCUAAUGGAAAUGGCAAGUAGGAGGAGGAAUAUGAAUGAGGGUGAAGAUCAUAAGAGUCAAGUUUAUUUUCCUUCUUGGGUUUAUGACCAAUUUAGUGAAGGGAGAGAAAUAGAAAUGGGGAAUGGUACAGAGGAGGAGGAAAAACUAUUGAAGAAAAUGAUAAUAGUUGCAUUGUGGUGUAUACAAAUGAAACCAAGUGAUCGUCCUUCAAUGAACAAAGUGGUUGAGUUACUUGAAGGAGAUGUUGAGUCACUUCAAAUGCCUCCUAAGCCAUUUCAAACUCCAAAAGGAAUGCCUAUACAAGGCAUUGGACAAUUCAGAAAUCUACCUUGGUUGCUACCUGGAGAAUCUACAAAUUCACUUACCAUUGUUAUAAAUAGACGUUAAGUUAUUACAACUUGUUUGGAAUUGCGGUGGUUUGAUACAAAACAAGAUGUGUAAGUAGGUCAACUCAUAGUUUCGAUUGAAAUAGGAUCAACACAAGGAAAAAGGAAAUACACUUGGUAAAUGCCAUUGUUCUUUGUUAGAUUUAUUAUUUAGUAAUUAGAUGUAUGUAUAUAUUAUUAUGAAAUAAUUUUUUCAUGUAAGAGAAAGAAUUGUAAUCUUUCACGACCUUUUCAAAUUAGGAUUCCUAAAUAG